AUGGCCCUCGGCGCAAACACUAUGUCAUACUUGCUCCACCUGCCAAACACGCCUCUCAGUCCGACUUCAGGUGCGUAUGCUGCAAUGGGGAUACGCGGUCUUCUCUUGUUGCAUGUGCCGAUAAGGAGGAUAAUUUUCCAGAAUGAAACGAAAUAUUUACCACUUAGCUACUGCUGUUCCCCCCGCCACCCGGAAUGUGGCACGACGUAAUCAAGUGGUUGCUGUGAGGACCUACGCCGACCAGCAGGCUAAGAGGCUUCCCGAAGAGAAAGCUAAACUAGUAUUCCGCUUUGGUCCCCGUAAUGUGCCGAUAGAGCUUUGGCCUAUGGGUUUUAUCCUUGGUGCGGGCCUUGCGGGAGGGAGCUACGCAAUCUAUCGACAUCUAGCUUACGACAAAGAUGUCCAUCUUACACGCCCAGGAAAGCUGGAAGAGGAGCUUAGCAAGCAUCAGUGAACUGACUGCUCGCUAUCGCAUCCCUGGUCUUGGCAGAUUAAAAUAUCAGUCAAAGUGUACAAUAUUCCUGACCGAAUGCAAUCCUCCCGUCGGGGCUGUAAUUGAAAAUGGGCUAAGCUCGGUGG